ACACUAAAAUCACUACCUAAAAUGGCUUCCUUUUUCUUGUACUCGCUAGGGUUAGUGUUCCUUUCUGCUCUUACCCUUGUUCCUCUAGGGCUUGCUGAUAAAUCUCCAUCCCACAAUAUGCCUCCAAAUCCAAUUUACACAACUCCAAUUCACAAAAAUCCAACUAACACUCCAGUUUACAAUCCUCCAAUUUACAAGCCUCCUCCUACUUACAAGCCUCCAAUUAAAAAACAACCUAUUAAUAAAUCACCAAACAAGAAACCACUAUUGCUAAAGCCACCACUUCCUAAACCGCCGCACAAGGAACCGCCAUCGCGUAAGCGACCAAUUAAUACACCACCAGACAAGAAACCACCAUUGCUAAAGCCACCAUUUCCUAAGCCACCACAGAAGAAACCGCCAUCGCGUAAGCGACCAAUUAAUACACCACCAAACAAGAAACCACCAUUGCCUAAACCACCUGUUAAUAAGCCACCACACAAAAAACCAUCAAACAAGAGACCACCACCUUAUGGUAACCAGCCUCCACCUAGCAUCCAUUUCUAAAGCGUAUUUGCAAGCAACAAGGUUUACCAAUGCUUUGUUUUAUUCCUUUUGUAUCAUGUAGGGUCAAGUUUUCGUUUCCCUUUUUUUAAGCAUCAUAAAAAUAUAUUUCUAUUUUUCCCUUAUGUAUGGCCAAGUUAAGUGAUAUGAUUGUAAAAUCGUCCCAUCUUUGCAUGUGGAUAAUGAAUGUAAAACCGGGCUAUGUACUCCAAUUUUAUGA